GGUACGGGUGCAGUGCUAUAUAGUUAGAUAAGGAAAUGUUCAGAUGAAAAGACUAGCACAAUUAAAGUCGAACAUUAUAAAAUCGUUUGACCUGUUUAAUAAUGUAAUAUACAACUCAACACAUGAUUUUACUUUUUGAUCAAUGGGUGACAAAACUAUUAUGAUAGUCAUUUUAAAUCUAAAAAUUGUUCAUCAUUUAGCUACAGAUUCUUUUCAAUUACAAUUUAGUUAAAAACCCAGAUAAAGGAAUUUUCGAAAUUUAGGAUUGUGCUUGGCAGUUCCUUCCGCGAAGAGCGAAUUGUGCGGAGAGCCGCAAUUUUACUUAACCCGUGACCAAAGGGCCGCACCGAGUUAAGAAACCUUGCAUACAUUUUUACCAAAACUUCAACCAACAGCCGAUAUUUCAGUGGCGAAACUUUGGUUAAGUAUAUUUUGGUGUUCCAACAUUUUUAUAAACAUAUAUAUAUUUCAGGAAUCAUACGUUUAGUUCGGUCGAAAACAAUGUCAAUAACAGUCAUAUUUUUGACACAGACAACUUUUGAACUAAAAUUGGGCAUUUUGGAAUUAUUCACAAGAACGCAUGGGUAAAACCAUAAACAGAAAAACAUGAAAAUAUUAUUCUUCAUAAUCGUCGUCCUUGCAACAACUACUACUGUAAAUUUUGGGAAAUCAACUCCACAUUUUUUGUCUGAUGAUUUAAUAAACUUUAUAAACAGCAAGAACACAACCUGGAAGGCCGGAAGAAAUUUUAAUAUCAACACUUCUGAUUUUUUAACUAAACGAAUAUCUAAUAUUCUUCCUAGAAAAGAAAUCAAGCACACCUUGCCAACUAAAAUUCACUCUGUGGAUCUUGAAGCAAUUCCAGAAUUUUUUGACGCCAGAGAAGCUUGGCCAGAAUGUGCAUCGGUAAUCGGAGAUAUUAAAGACCAAGGAGCAUGUGUUGCUGGUUGGGCGUUCGCAGCCGUUGGAACAAUAGGCGACAGAAUUUGUAUUCACUCAAAUGCAACUAUACAAAUGAAUCUUUCGGCUAUAGAUUUGAUGACUUGUUGCAAUGAGUGUAAUUAUGGCUGUACCGGAGGACUUCUAGUCGAAGGUUGGUACUAUUGGUCUACAGUUGGUAUUGUCACUGGAGGGAAAUAUGGCACAAAUGACGGUUGUAAGCCUUAUUCAAUUGAACCAUGUGAUCAUUACGAUAGUGAAACGUGCGGUAUUGGAUAUGCUCCUGACUGCGUAAAGGUCUGUGAUGAAGGGUCUUCUUUAGAAUACGAAUCUGAUUUAAAAACUGGUGCACCGUAUUACGUUGUACAGUCAGAAGUUCAAAUGCAAACUGAAAUUAUGACCAACGGACCUAUUGCCUCUUCAUUUAAAGUAUAUGAAGAUUUCUUCCUUUAUGAAAGCGGUGUGUAUCAACAAGUCACUGGGAGGUAUUUUAGACGAGAAGCUGCUAAACUUAUUGGUUGGGGAGUAGAAAAUGGUGUUCCAUACUGGUUAGCUGUAAAUUCUUGGAACGAGAACUGGGGCGAGAACGGCUACUUCAGGAUUUUACGUGGAUCAAAUGAAUGUGAAAUUGAAACUGAACCACUUGCUGGAAUUCCCAAAUUUUAGAUUAUAAGCUGCCUUAUGAGAACUGGAAAAAUGUUAAAACAUUAUGUCAAUACCUAAUUUCAUAAUUUAUUCUUAAAGACGUGA